AUGAUCCACAUUGAACAUUAUCUAAUGUUUGUUAGUGAUAAAAUUCAACCACUAAUCCAGACAGUAUUAGAAGAGAAGUUAUCUCAUGAAACUUACAAUGCGGAGAAGUGUGCAGAACUUAGUAAAUCUAUCUCCCAAGAAAUUAAACUCAGGAUAAAAGCAUUGCAUUAUGAUAGAUUCAAGAUUGUUUGUACUGUGAGUAUUGGUGAGAAAAAGAACCAGGAUAUUAUGAUGGGAAGCCGUUGUGUUUGGGAUACGGAUAAAGAUAAUUAUGCUUCAGGAUCAUAUGCUAAUGCAUCUUUGUUUUCUAUUGCUGUUGUGUAUGGUUUAUAUUAUGAAUAA